UAAAAGAAGAAGACAUUGGUCAUGUGGAUGAUAUAAUGCUAUUAUUUGAUGAAUUCACAUAUGACAAGGCAUCUGCUUUGCUCCGAAUGGCUUCCACCUUCCUGACAGAGAAACUCUUCAUCAAAGGGAUCAGCUCAUACUUGAAGAAAUUUUCAUUCUCAAAUGCUGACCAGGAUGAUCUGUGGAAUCAUAUGCAAAUGUUUAUAGAUGACCAAGAUGAAGUUCAGUUGCCAACAUCACUGAAAAAGAUCAUGGAUUCAUGGACAUGGCAAAAGGGCUUACCACUAGUGACAAUUAACACAUCUACCGGGACACUGACCCAAGAUCAGUUCAAGACAGCUUAUGCUGAUAACACCACAAGCGAUAACAAUCAUACAUGGAUUAUUCCCAUCUCUUGGAUGAAAAAUGGAAUACAGCAACCAACAGUAUGGCUAGACACAAAGACAAAAACUUUCCCAGAAAUGACUACAAUGGAUAAUGAAUGGAUUCUACUAAAUAUUAAUGUAACUGGGUACUACAGAAUAAAUUAUGAUGAAAAAAACUGGGAUAAUCUUGCAAAAACGCUUGAGGAACAACCACAGGUGCUGUCAGUGGUAAAUAGAAUUCAGGUCAUCGAUGAUGUGUUUACACUGGCAAACUCUGGAUAUCUGGAAUAUGAAACUGCGCUCAGUUUAACAAGAUACCUGGAAAAGGAAAUGGAAGUAAUUGUAUGGUACAUUGUUCUGAAACACAUGCAUUACUACAAAAAGACACUGGUGACAUAUCAUUCUUUUCCACUUAUAAAAAAAUAUAUUUUGAAGAGAAUUAAACCAAUAUUCCAACAUUAUGCAAGUGUUCUUCAAAGAGAUUUUGAUGAAACUGCUGACGACUUUUUUGUUCAUACAGGAAUUGAUCUUAUAUUUAAAACAGCUUGUUCCCUUGGGCUGCAAGACUGUCUGAGUUUGGCAAGUGGCAUCUAUACCAAAUGGAUGGCUAACACUUCCAAUAAUGAGAUACCACAGUCCAUUAAAGGAACAGUUUACUGCUAUGGUAUUGCAGAGGGUGGCGAAAAGGAAUGGGAUCAUGCCUGGAGUGUAUACAACAAAUCAGACCUUGCAGAUAUCUGGGAUUACAGUUACCUGAAACAUGGCUUGAGCUGUACCAAGGAGCCGUGGCUGCUGUAUCGUUACUUGGACAUUGUCCUGUUUGAUGGGGCUCACAGUUUAAUGGAUACAUUCACCGAUAUGUUUAAGAAUGAUAUAGGAAGGCACAUAGCCUGGGAGUUCCUUAAAGAGAACUGGCAUCGGUUAAAGGAUGAUGCGUCUGUGGGAGAAACCGAAAUACUUUUUGAAAAAUUAGUAACAGAUUUGGGAUGGAAAGCUACAUCAGAGCUGCAGUUUCAAGAGAUGCAACUCUUCAUCACCACUGCUAUGGAUGAAAGUUUUCAGGAAAAUGAAGUACAGAGGUUAGAAAGAAGAAAGAAAGCUCGCCUAGAGUGGGUAAAUAUUGUGAAUACGAAGAUUAUUGACUGGUUACAGAAGAACACACUGGAUUCGGAUUUAUGA